UGUCAGCAAAAUCCAUUUACAGAUAUAAUUAUGGGUGAUUCAAGAAAUACUGACACACCUCUGAAGACAAUUUUUAGAGGACAGUCACUGGAACCGCAUUGCUUUAUCUGCUUUCGCUCCCCCUCAGGGAAGUUAAGGAAUAUAAUUACAAAUGUAGCCCUCCCACUCCCAGAGAACAAUGCUGUUUUACAGAAUAUAAAGAAGUGUUUAGACAUCACAUUUCAUUCCAUUUCAUUCCAGGAUUGCAAGAUAUGUUUAUCUUGCAAAAGACAACUAGAAAACUGUGUACAUUUUCAAAAUAUAUUGAAGGAAGCUAUCAACAGAAAAUCUACCUCGACAUGUUCAACAAAACGAAUGGCAUUUUCUCAGACACCUACCUUGACACCUAGUUCUACCAAAAAAGAAAAUACAGAUGAUGUGAACAAUAAAGAGAAUGUAUCUAUGAGGAAAACCCACUCUAAAAAGAAAAAGAAACUUCAGUUUUUGGAACUUGAAACAGAUGUACCAAUUGACACAAAUAAAUCUCAGAUGUGUCAUACAGAUCAUAACUAUGGUAGUCUUGCAUCACCAUUGGAUACAACACACCUGAAUUCAGUUAAGGCAAAACAAGAGCUCUUCUGCAAGAAAGACGACAAAACCAACCAGAGUCAAUGCUGUUCUGCAGAUGAUGUUUUCAAAAACAAAGUACUACUGUCUGAAAUUCAGAAAUUGAUUUUACUAGAAACUGAAGUCAUUGCUGAUAAUUUAUGUUCGUUGAACAUUCCACCAGGUCCAUCAGUCCUCAGAACAUUACAACAUCCAUCUCCUUAA